CUGCCCCUGUACAAAUCUAUCUUUAUUCUUUCUUCAUUCUGUAUUAAUAUAUUACAUGCAACUUCACAUUAACUGUAACCUCACUAACUCAUGUUUUCUGAUCUAAUUGUGUUUAGCAUGGAUUCAGUGGGAGUGAAUCUGAUUGAGACAGCUGCUCUUGGGAGACCCUUCCAGCUCGGCAUGCUGUAUGACUGCAGAAAAGACAAGUUAAUGGCAGGAAUCAGAUUUUGGAAUAAAGAACAGCUGGAGCAGAAUAUUUGUGCUCGUCCCCAGAUUAAUACAAAUUUCUCUGUCACAGCUUCAGACUCCAUUAAAGACAAAUCUAAGUUACUAAAUAUUGAAGGAGCACUCAACCUGAGUGUUUUAGGUGGACUCGUCCAGGUUAGUGGAGCAGCAAAGUAUCUCAAAGACACCAAGACGUCUUUCAUCCAGCAGAGACUGACGCUUCAUUAUCAUUCAACCUGCGAGUUUAAAGAACUGACCGUGAAUCAGCUAACUCCUGAAAAUAUUCCUGAUGAUGAUAAUGCCACACAUGUAGUAACAGGAAUCCUGUAUGGAGCAGAUGCCUGCUUUGUGUUUGACAGACAAGUUUCUUCAGAUGAGAACAAAAGCAGAGUAAAAGGAGAAGUUAAAAUGGCUCUAGAGAAACUGAGUGUCAUUUCAAUAGAUUCAAACGCUGACCUGGACAUGAAUGACAUUGAGAAAACUGCAGUCAAAAACUUCACUUGUACAUUUUAUGGUGACUUCCAGCUGCCGUCUAACCCGACCACUUUUGAAGCUGCGAUGAAGGUUUUUGCUGAUCUUCCAAAACUGCUGAAAGAUGAUCAAAAGCUGGCAGUUCCUCUGAGAGUUUGGCUUUAUCCUCUUCACAAACUCCACUCAAUAGCUUCAAAACUUCAGAAAGACAUCAGCAUGGAUCUAAUCCAAGAAACUGAAUCAGUGAUUGAGAGUUUAUAUACUGCUGAGAUGAAAUGCAGUGAUCUUCUGGAAGACUCUCCUGCUGUGGCUUUUGCUCCAUUUCAUGAUAAAAUACUGCAAAUGAAGCAGAACUGCUACAAGUACAAGUUGAGACUGGUAAAGAAACUCGGCUCUCUGCUGCCAAACAUCCGUGGAGACGUGAUGAAGGAAACAACAUUGAAUGAUCUUCUUCAAGAACAUGAGGAAUCUCCAUUCAAUAAUAGUGACCUCACAGAAUGGGUGAAGGAAAGAGAGAGUGAGUCUGAGAUCAUUAAAUCAGUCCUCAGACAGCUGAAGGAUUACGGUGCACAGUUGGAAGUCAACAUAGAUGCCAUCAUGAUGGAUCUGGAGGUCGGGAAUCUGGUCAGUUACACGUUCACAUCUCUGGACUGCUCAGACAUCAUCCUUCAGAAACAAAAGAUAUAUCUGAGUUCUUCAACAAAGGGAGAAAAGGUAGAGAUAAGCCCUGAUAAUAAGCAAAAGUCUUGGCUCACUGCCAAGAUCCGGAAGACCAUGAGGAGAAACUUAGAGAUAUUUAAGAGCUUGAUUGAUUCAAAGGACUGUAAACCAGCAAAGUUUAUCAUGUCCUCUAAAGAAAUGGUGAAUAAUCCUGGUUCCUGCAUUCUGCUGUAUGAAAGUGAAAGUGAAGAAGCUGUGUGCUUUAGUUCCCCAUCCAAACCAGUCUGUCCAGUCACUGAAGAGGUCACAGGUCAGAGUGUGGUCCUGAAGGUGGUUCCUCCAUCAUGUCCUGCUACAGUGGAGCUCAGAUUACUGUAUAAAGUGAAGCAGGACUCAGUCUGGAGAUCUGAAGCUGUGCUGAAGGAUCAACACACAGUUACUCUGACUGAUCUGAGAUCAGGAGCUGAGUAUGAGAUCAAGUGUGCAGCGCUGGGGAAACUCAACUACACCAGAGACAGUGACGUUAUGCAUGUAAGGAUCAUUGAGAAGAAGCUCAUCACAGCAUUAGACUGUGUCAUUGAUAAUCUGAGCUUCACUGAAAACAAAUGCAGUGAACUGUUGACAGACCCCAGGACAAACACAUUUAGCACAUUUCACAAGAAGAUUGAAGAUAUGAAGCGAUUCUGCCAAGACUACAGACAAGAUUCCAUUGUUAAAAUGCAGUCGCUGAUCCAGUCAGUUCAAGCCUGUGAAGAAGAGACUUGUGCUUUGACUGAUCUUCUACAAGCUCAUGAGAAGUCUCCAUUUAAUACACAGGAUCUCCAGGAGUGGAUCAGAGAGAAAGAGAAAGAGUUAAACACAGUUCAUGAGCUUCUUCAACAAUUACUGGACUCUGGAGUUGAAGUCAAAUUGAGCAUAGACACAGUUUUGUCAGAUAUUAAGGUGGAGAAUGUGGUUUGCUACACGUUUAGUUCCCUUGAGCAGACAGACAAGCUGCUUUCUGAACAAGAACAUUAUCUGAAAGCUCAAACAGUGGGGAUGAAUCCAGGAACGUCUCCUCGAGUUUUGACGUGGCUCACUGGAAACAUUAGAGAGAAAAUGAGAGAAAAUGUAUGCAUUUUUAAGGAGCUGAUGACAUUACAUGACGGUCAGUCCACUACAUUUAUUGUUUCCUCACAAGACCACCAAAAUAAUCCUGGUUCCUGCAUUCUGCUGUAUGAACUUGGAUGUGAAGAAGCUGUGUGCUUUAGUUCCCCAUCCAAACCAGUCUGUCCAGUCACUGAAGAGGUCACAGGUCAGAGUGUGGUCCUGAAGGUGGUUCCUCCAUCAUGUCCUGCUACAGUGGAGCUCAGAUUACUGUAUAAAGUGAAGCAGGACUCAGUCUGGAGAUCUGAAGCUGUGCUGAAGGAUCAACACAUAGUUACUCUGACUGAUCUGAGAUCAGGAGCUGAGUAUGAGAUCAAGUGUGCAGCGCUGGGGAAACUCAACUACACCAGAGACAGUGACGUGAUCACAGUCAACACAGAGAGCAAUAUGAGGAGCAGUGCAGAAAUGUCAGAAAUCAGCUCCAGUCCAGAUGAUCCAGUGAUCAGGAUUCUUCUGAUGGGCAGAAAUACUUCUGGGAAAAGCUCAUCUGGAAACACCAUACUGGGAGAAAAGAGAUUUAUAGUUAAAAAAAAACAAAAAAAGCAUGAAGCUGAAAAUCAGUUUGGUGAAGUCUGUGAGUGUCAAACACAGAUCGGUAGGAAGCAGGUUGCUGUGAUUGAUUGUCCAGAUCUACUGGAUCCAGAUCUGAAUGAAGAGCAGCUGGAGAUGAUGAAAGAGCAGCUGAUCUCUCGAUGUUCAGCAGGUCUCAGUGCAGUUCUGCUGGUUGUUCCUGCGGGGACAAAUGUGGAAAAUGAGGAAGAGAUGCUGGAUUAUAUUAAGUGUUUAUUUGGUCCUGAAGUUCAGAAGUACAUCAUGAUUCUGUUCACACAUGGAGAUGAACUGGAGGAAAUGGAUCAGACAAUUGAUGAACAUCUAAAACACAAAGAUCAUGCAGAUCUCCAGCAGCUGGUGACUGAAUGUGGAGGAAAGUUUCACUGCUUUAAUAACAAGAGAAAAUCAAAUCAUCAGAAACAAGAACUAUUGCAGAAGAUUGAAAGAAUGAUGAUGGCAAAUGGUAAUAGAUAUGAGAUGAAACCAUUGAACAAGAAAGCAAGCAGGGAUGCUCCUGAUGUACUUCUAUUAGGAGAGUCUUCGGCUGAUGAUCCUGAGGAGAUUGAUGUGAUUACUGAGAGGAAAGACCAGAUCAGGCUCAUUCUGCUGGGGAAAACUGGAUCUGGGAAAAGUGCCACUGGAAACACCAUCCUCGGCAGAAAUCUGUUCAAAUGUUCAGCCGGUUCAAACUCUGUAACAAAACAGUGUCAGUCAGAAACUAGAGUGAGGUUUGGUAAAGAGAUCUCAGUGAUCGACACACCUGGACUAUAUGAUAAUAAACUCAGUAAAGAGGAGAUUAUUACUGAAAUAGCAAAAUGCAUAACAUACUCGUCUCCUGGACCACAUGCUUUUAUUAUUGUCAUUAGAGUGGGUCGAUUCACUGAGGAGGAGAAAAAUACAGUAAAGGAGCUUAAAGAAGUGUUCGGAGAACAGAUAGAAAAAUACACCAUGAUUAUCUUCACUAACAAAGAUCAGUUAGAGGAGGAAAAUGAAACUGUUGAGCAGUAUCUUCAGAAUGGUGAUUCAGAUGUUAAAAAACUUGUUGAUGGUUGUAGAAACCAAUUCUUCUGUCUGGAUAACAAGUCUGCCAGUUUCCCACAAUUCAAAGAUCUGAUCAGUAAAAUAGAAAAGAUGGUAGAAGAAAAUGGUGGACACUUUACGAAUGAUCUGUUUGAGGGAACAGAGAAACUGUUUCUGAAGCAGAAAUUAGAGGAUAAAUUGGAGCACUUAGGCUUAGCAGACGAGUCUCAAUUUGAUGAUGAGCAUUUGGAAGAUGUACAGCGUUUAGCUCUCUCUAGGAUCUUGAUGAAUAUAGCAGAUGAGCUGGAAACUAAUCCUGAGUUCCAGCACCUCCUUGAUGAAAUGAUGUUCAGCAAAAGGGAUAUCAUUUACCACACCAUAAGGGAAAGGAUGUACUCCAUCAUACGGGAUGAAAUGCGCCGCACCACCAAUGAACCUCGCUAUUACACUAACCCUACCAUCGUGCAGGCCUGGAGGAAUGAGCAGAGGGGGAUCAUCAGGGAGUUGAAGGAGACUGGGGGUGGAUUGAUCCUGUCUGGUGACUGCAGAUCAGAUUCUCCUGGACACUGUGCCAAAUAUGGCAGCUACUCCUUAAUUGAGGAUCGAAAUAACAAAGUUUUGGAUGUUCAACUUGUCCAAAGCUCAGAAGUCCCAAGCAGCUCUUGGUGUGAGCUAGAGGGUCUAAAGCGGAGUAUACAGUUCCUGAUGGACCAAGACAUGCAAGUGUCUGCUCUGAUAACAGACAGAAAUCGGCAGGUGGCCAAGUGGGUAUGUGUACAGAAAGCACUGGAUGCUGUUGCAAAAGAGAGGGACUGUAAGGAUCUGAAGUGGUGGAAGCCAGUCAUUAUCAACCAUCUCUGCUGGACUGCAGUUUCCACCACUACAGGAGAUCCAGAUGAGAUGCAGGCAAAAUGGCAGGAAAAUAAGCCAGUGCUUCCAAAAUCUCAAGAUGGAGACAGCUCCUUAACUGUCACCGACACUGUCACCAGCGAAACUUGUGGCUGCACUGGGGCUGGUCAUUUGGUGUGCUCUUUAGCCAUAGUACCAGUGUUCUCUCAAAAAGAGAUUCCAGUUAAAGGAGAAAACAUUCCGCAACAGAAGGAUGUUAAGAAAUGGAAAUAUCUUGAAGAGGUGCAUCUUCCUCAGAUCGAUGUGGGUAUUGGCUUACUAAUCGGAACAAAUGUACCUAAGAUUCUUGAGCCAUGGAAGGUCAUCAACAGUAGAGGAGAUGAGCCUUAUGCUGUCAAGACCAUCCUGGGCUGGAUUGUAAAUGGACCUUUGGAGAGAGAGGACAUCCAAACUAACCGAAACACAGGAUGGACACGGGUGAUGGCAAACAGGAUUUCAGUGGUAACUUUGGAGAACCUAAUCCAACAGCAAAUGAGAAAAUUCAAAAGAAAUUCAGCUUUCUACAUGGACUAUUGUAGUUUCAUGGAGGACAUGUUACUCAAAGGUCAUGCUGAGAAAAUCCCUGCAAGUGAAAUUGAAGGAACCCUUGGCAGAAUCUGGUACAUCCCACACCACGGGGUGUAUCACCCACAAAAACACAAACCUCGAGUGGUGUUUGACUGUGCAGCUACCUACCAAGGAAAAUCACUCAACUCACAACUGUUGCAAGGACCCAACUUGAGUAAUUCUCUUAUUGGUGUUCUGGCGAGAUUCAGACAUAAGCCGAUUGCCCUUGCAGCAGACGUAGAAGGGAUGUUUCAUCAGGUCAGAGUUCCUGCUAAAGAUAAAGAUCUGUUAAGAUUCCUUUGGUGGCCUAAAGGGGACACUGCACAGGAAGUGGAGGAAUACAGAAUGAGUGUCCACUUAUUUGGUGCUACAUCCUCCCCAAGUUCUGCAAUCUACGCUUUGCAAAGUUGCACUGUACUUGCAUCCAUAAGUGAGGAGAGCAAAGCUAAGACAGUGAAGGACUUGGACCUGGAGAAAGACCAAAGUUACCAUUAG